UUUCAGCCAAAUGUCUCUUGUCUGGAAAGUUGCCAUUGUUCUUGUGGCUCUUUUGGCAGUCCACGAGGUGUCAUCAUCUGUGCACCACCGUCAUCAUAAGAAGGGAAUCAUCCACAGAGAUGCUGACGAGAUGAUAGAAUUCCCGAAGAGAAGCAACGAUCGACUUGGCGAGACUAUGAUUCAUGGCCAAAUCAUUUGCCACGGAACUCCCCUCGACUAUGUUCGACCAUACCUCAGCUCAAAGAAAUACCCUCGAGUGAUUAUCAAUAUUUGUGUUUCCGAUGAUGGUGGAUGGUAUCGUUUGACGACUGGAAACAUGUUUGAUCUUGAAGGAAGUGUUACAUUCACUGUUAGACAUCAGUGUCUAAUGGAUAAACUUCCCCCAAUGAUUCAGUGCGCUGUACCAUACUACACUACUGAGGUUACUAUUGAUCUCAGCAGCAACACCACCUACAUCGGACGUAGCUUCGAGCUCUCAAAGAUGGAAGCCUACUCUUCCGCCGACUGUCUCUACUAAUGUGUUCGACUAUUUUAAGUUUUCAAAAUAAAAUGUUAAUCCUCAUUUUUUCAUAUUAAUUACAUCAUAUCCCUCGUUAAAAUUUUUUGUUUGUUUAGAAACUCGUAUCGUAACUUUUUAAAUCUUGGUUCCUGUGCUUGAAAAAUAUUGCUUAUUGCUCAUUUUGUAAAACUUUAAAAAAAAAUUUGCGUACAUGAAGAUUCACAAAAUAAAUAAUCUUUGUU